AUGACGGAUCCUCCCACAUCUUCUGGAGGGCCGAAGUUUCGGAUUGUGGCUGGUCGCAGUUUGGGUGAGCGACCGUCAUCAGGAACGGGCAGUUCACCGCUGCCGCAGGAGCUCAAACCUUCUCCGACCUUGGUUUUUGGACAAAUGCCAGCUGAAGAGUUCACCACUCGAUUGCAAAGCGCUUUGAAAUCGCAGGCUCAGCCUCACCUACUUCCGUUCCUUCACAAAACAUUGCCUUAUCUUCGUGCUGCCAUGAGAAAUGGUGAAGUCACAAUCGAAGGUGUGGUUCCUCCACCUGGUGUAAUGGUGCCAACCUCACAGCAGAUCGAAGCAGUUUCACCUCAGCAGUCCAUGCAUGUGCAGGUCCAACCUCAGCAACAUAUUCUCACUGCGCAGCAGCAGCCUUCGUCGACCACGCAACAUAGUCAUACACAGCCCAUCCAGGUACAAGUCAUACCUCAGCAGCCUCAUUAUUCGAUGCAUGACCCUCCUGCGCAAGUGGAUCAGCAGCACAUUCAAAUGCUUCCUCAUCAGCAACAAAUGGCAGUGCAACAACCACAGCAAGUCAUUCUGUCACAUUCUCAGCAUCAACAUGUACCGAUUGUAGCGCAACAGAUCCAGUUAGGUCAACAGCAGCAUCUGGUUUCCGAGCGUCCACCAGCAUCACAGGGGAUGAUUUAUGCACCUACUUCUGGUUCUGUUAGCGUGGUGUCAGUACCUAUUCGGGAACAUAUUGACCAGGGUACACUUAUGGACCGUGCUGACUCGUCUAUUACUGGAGAGCCGAUGGAAGACAAUGUACUUCAACAAACCGAUGAGGAGAUGAUUCAAGUUCGACAACUGCAAGAGGGUGCUUUGGAGAGCGCAUUUCUACGUGCUCCCGAUAUUAUGAGUAGAAUCACUCAGUGCAUGAAUGAAAUGUGCUACGUGGAUGAAGAGGUGCUUGUUCUCAUUUCGGAUGCAGCUGAAUAUCGGCUUCGUGAACUAAUCGGAGAACUUGCUAUUCUUGCCGAACAUCGAAUAGAACCUUUAAGACUGAAUUCCAACUAUGCACCGAUUGAUGACACGCGACGUCAAUUACGUUUUCUUGAGGAUAUAGAUAGGCAACAGGAGGAACAGAGAGAAAAUCGUGAGAAAGAGGCGUUGAUACGUAUGAGCAAAAGCAAGGGUAUCGCAAAAGAUACUAUAGAACGAGCUAAGGAAAUGCAGCGUGCUGAUGCUGAAGCGAAACGAAAUCGUGAUGCAAAUGCUGCCGCCAUAGCUGCGUUGAGCAGUGGGAGUAAAGUAACUCGUACAAAAUGGGAUCAAGCAAGCAGCGGUGGAGUCUCAGGUACUAUACAACGACCUCGGACAGUUCGUGUAAAUAUUCGUGAUUUGCAUGUGCUGGUCAAUAAGGAUUCUAGAUUUCAUCUCAACUCGUGCACAAACUGGCUCUCAGUGGCCCACCUAGUGAAUCAUACUGACAUAUCGUCACGUGAUAUCUUCGAUAUUGACUAA